AUGUCUCAGACCACACCCAUCGACCAACAAACCCAUUCUCCCCGUUUUCCCCCAUACCUCGCUGAACCCCAAGUACUCACCGAAGCCCAAUGGGCACACCGCCUAGCCCUCACUCGUGAACAAACCAACAUCGUUGACGCCACCGAACUGAUGUCAGAUAGGCGCGCCUACUUUUAUCUUUUUCACCAGUCUAACAUUAUAUGCCCUACCGCCACAUACCCACUGGACACGUUUCAUCGUUGGCAAAACGCACUCCUUGUUGCUGAUGAACUACACGCAGUCACCGUCUCACUGGGUUUGUUGGUAGAUGAGCUUACACGGGACAACAAUUCCGUAUUGAAUAGAAUCCAUAGAAUGACGCUUGAGGAAGAAUUGCGAGAAUGGAGAGAAAGGAGCGGUCAAAGCAUUCCUACGCCCAGGUGGCUAAACCAUUUGCUGAGCCUUCCCGCAACAACGGGGCACCCUUUUCCAGGUCAUCACCCCCCAACCUCACCGCAGUCGCCUCAACUAGCAUAUCCCCCAUCUCCGCCAGAUCUUGUUCUACCUGCGCCCGCUCCAUCAUCCCCAACUCAUUCCUUCGCAACUGACUCAAUAGUCCCCAAAGCCAAUGCAGUAGAAGAAUUGCAAGUCAUAUUGAUUCCUACGCGUCCAACAACACCCCUCCUCCAACUCCCUCCACCUUGUUGCAGUCGCCAAUUAUGCAGGCAGCGCCCAGAGCGGGAGUCGAACAGGAGGUCGACACCUAUGUCAAGCAAUGAGUCGCCUCAGGUUAGAAGGCCAUUGAGGAGCAAUGAAGGAGCUACCUCGGCUUCUUUGCGAGGGAGCAAAAGGCCCUCACCCAUCUCCGACCACUCUAAUCCUACUCAAUCGCAAUCCUCUUCUGAACGACGCCGUCGCCCUCAUAUCCGACAUUGCUAUGCCUGUCAAGAAUAUGGCCAUUGUGCCAUCUACUGCCGAUGCCAUACCUGCUCUAUGUGUGGUUUAGACGUGCCCGGACACCGAGCUAAUGAGUGCAACCGGCAAUGCAACUUACCCUUUGUGGCAGACUCUUGGGGAUUAGACAACGAACACAAUGAUCUUGACGAAGACGCACAAUAUAAUGUAGACGGAGAACUAGGAGACUUUGGAGCAGUCUAA